GGCGGCAUGGAGGCUCUCGCCAGUCAGAUGGGGAAUGGGCGCGAAGGAAGCUCCUCCCCAAACUCCAAGCAGGAGCUGCAGCCGUACUCCGGCUCUAAUACCCUCAAGCCCAACCAGGUCGGCGAGACGUCCCUGUACGGGGUCCCCAUCGUCUCCCUGGUCAUCGACGGCCAGGAGCGUCUGUGUCUGGCGCAGAUCUCGAACACACUGUUGAAGAACUAUAGCUAUAAUGAGAUCCACAACCGGCGGGUGGCCCUGGGCAUCACGUGCGUGCAGUGCACCCCAGUUCAGCUGGAGAUCCUGCGCCGGGCCGGGGCUAUGCCCAUCUCGUCGCGCCGCUGCGGCAUGAUCACAAAGCGCGAGGCAGAGCGGCUUUGCAAGUCUUUUCUCGGAGAGCAUAAGCCGCCCAAGCUGCCAGAAAACUUCGCCUUCGACGUGGUGCACGAGUGCGCCUGGGGUUCGCGAGGCAGCUUCAUCCCUGCCCGCUACAACAGCUCCCGCGCCAAGUGCAUCAAGUGCGGCUACUGCAGCAUGUACUUCUCUCCCAACAAGUUCAUCUUCCAUUCCCACCGCACCCCGGAGGCCAAGUACACCCAGCCCGACGCGGCCAACUUCAACUCGUGGCGGCGCCAUCUCAAGCUCAGUGACAAGACGGCCACGGACGAGCUGAGUCACGCGUGGGAGGACGUCAAGGCCAUGUUCAACGGCGGGACUCGUAAACGGACAUUCUCCCUCCACGGCGGCGGGGGAGGAGGCGGUGGAGGCUCCGGGGGCCCCGGAAAAGGAGUGGCCGGUGGUGCAGGGGGCGGCCCGGGCUGCGGAGGAGACCUCCCCCCUGGCCCACCGCCCCACAAGAGCCUCCGCUGCGCUGCCGAUGAUGACCCUACAGGGCCACCUGGUCCACCGCCGCCUCCUCACCCACAGCGGGGGCUGGGCCUGGCUGGAGGAGGCGGAGGCGGUCCUGGAGGCGGCAGUGGGGCCGGGGUCCGCAGCUACCCAGUGAUCCCUGUGCCCAGUAAAGGCUUUGGCCUUCUACAGAAGCUGCCACCGCCUCUCUUCCCGCACCCUUACGGCUUCCCCACGGCUUUCGGCCUGUGCCCUAAGAAGGAUGACCCAGUACUGGGCGGGGGUGAUCCCAAGGGCGCUGGCGGGGCAGGUGCGGCUAGCGGAGCAGGAGGGGCUGGAGGUGGCGGAGGACAUUUACCCCCAGGGGCAGGGGCUGGGCCAGGCGGAGGUACUAUGUUCUGGGGCCACCAGCCAGCUGGGGCAGCCAAAGACGCGGCUGCAGUGGCUGCAGCAGCAGCGGCCGCCACGGUCUAUCCGACUUUUCCUAUGUUCUGGCCGGCGGCAGGCAGCCUACCUGUUCCUCCCUAUCCAGCUCAGAGCCAGGCCAAGGCCGUGGCCGCGGCGGUUGCGGCCGCAGCGGCCGCCGCCGCCGCAGCGGCUGGGAACGGUGGACCCCUGGAGGUUGUGGGAGAACCGGUCAAGGAAGGCGGCCUGGGAGGUGAAGAGCGGUGCCCCAGCGCGCUGUCCCGAGGACCUGGGGACGAGGACGGAGUAGAAGAACCAUUGCCGCCGUCUUUAGGCUCCCUCCCCUUGGCGCCACCCCAGGCCCCACCGCCCCACCAGGCCCGCAAGGGCAGCUACGUGUCAGCCUUUCGACCCGUGGUGAAAGACGCCGAGAGUAUAGCCAAGCUGUACGGCACCACCCGGGAGGCCUAUGGGGCCGGGGCUGCACGCGGCCCGGGGGGGAGCGGCGCUGGAGGCUACUUGAGUCCGGACUUUCUGAGCGAGGGCAGCUCUAGCUACCGCUCAGCCUCGCCCGACGUGGACACGGGCGACGAGCCCGAGGUGGACGUGGAGUCCAAUCGCUUCCCCGACGACGAGGAAGCGGAACCUGAGGAGGAGGCAGAUCCGGGCCAGUCAGUCGUGGGAGGUGGCCCUGACGCGGACCUGACAACCCCGCUUCCCACCGGCAUCUCCUGCUCGUCCUCUGCCAACUCCUCCUCAGGAGACUGCCCAGCAGAUUCGUCCGACGGCGGCAGUCCCCACCACCGCCGACGCCACUUGCCGCAGCCCACUGGCCGGCCAGGUUUCGGAGACCAAGUGGCUGAGGAAGCAGGGAGACGCUCGGAUAGGAGUCCUGAGAAUGGAAACUACGACCUGCGGGAGCCCUGCGGGGCUUUGGGAGGCUCGGGGCCAGGUCCUGGCCCGGGCCCUGGCAAGGUGUAUGCGCAGGAAAGAGAUGAGCACUUGCAGACCCUGAAGAGCUCCUCGGCGCUGGGAACGGCGGCCUCUUACCUUUGCAACCCAGAGGCAAAUGAGCCAGAUAAGGAAGACAAUCACUCUACAGCAGAGGAUUUGGAGACUAGGAAAUCCUAUCAAGACCAAAGGAGUGUCUCUCAGCCCAGUCCUGUAACCACAGACCGAGGAGAAGAAGGCCUGACCUUGGAUGUCACUGGAACUCCGAUAGGUGAGAAAGACAUCGAGAACCUCGCCAGAGGUGAAUUGCAAAAACUACUUCUGGAGCAAAUGGAGCUCAGGAAGAAACUGGAACGGGAAUUCCAGAGCCUCAAAGAUAAUUUUCAGGAUCAGAUGAAGAGGGAAUUGGCCUAUCGAGAAGAAAUGGUACAACAGCUGCAAAUUGUCAGAGACACUUUGUGUAACGAACUAGACCAGGAAAGAAAGGCUCGCUAUGCCAUCCAGCAGAAAUUAAAAGAAGCCCACGAUGCGCUCCACCACUUCUCCUGUAAGAUGCUGACGCCGCGUCACUGCACUGGCAACUGCUCAUUCAAGCCUCCACUCCUGCCCUAG